GUAGACAAACCUGUGUCUGCGGUGCACAGGACACUGUUUUCAUGUACCCAUACACGGUGAAGCACUAAGUCAGGUAAGUCAUAUACACUUUAUCUAACAACAUAUUUUGAGGACAAUUAAACUUUACUCUUCUAUAUAUUUUCUGUUCUUUUUUAUCUUAGGUACUUUCAAAAAUAUGUUUUUAUUGUAGCCUAUUUUCUUUUAUAAUAAUGCCAAAUCCUCUGUGAAAUGAAUCAAGGACUUACUUAAAAUUAGACUAUUUGAAAUUUAAUCAAUAACAGCCAACAGUGUUCUUUAACUUUUUAUCUUAUGUGCAUGUCUGUGCUGACCGCCCUAGAAGUGGAGCUGCAGACGGUUGUGAAUGCCAUGUGAGACUGGGAAUGGAGCCUGGGUCCUCUGGGAGAGCAGCCACUGAUCUGUCUGUGAGUCCCGGUGGCCAAUAGGGCUUUUGGUUUUUUGUUUUUUUUGUUUUUGUUUUUGUUUUUGUUUUUUUUUUUUUGGUGUGUGUGGUUUUGUUUGUUUUAAUAAUAAAAGAUAGAGAAAAACUUCAUCUGUGAUCAGUGAAUUUAAUUGAAACCUCAAGGAACUCAGCAUGAAGAUGAGCUUUGUGCCAUUCUAAGCCUUGCCCUGAAGGUUAAGAAAACUAUACUUUCCAUAGCUAAUGUCUUAGGAACCUAAGUGAAUGGAAACCUUAGGUAUUUCGGAGAACAAAAGGCUAAGGCUACACACAGGGCACAAGGUUUAUAAAGGUAUAUCUCUAGAAAGAAAAAAAGAGCAAGCAUUCAGUUACCUUUUCAAAUCAAUGUAGCAAAGACAUCUAUUAUGAAUGUAAUGUUGUUUUUAAAAAGUCAUUUUCAGUCAGUGGGAAGACAUCAUCAGUAUCUUUAGGAUGAGUGCUUGAUGACUGAGAUUACAUCUAAAGUACAUAGCUUUGGGGCUGGGGAUUUAGCUCAGUGGUAGAGCGCUUGCCUAGGAAGCGCAAGGCCCUGGGUUCGGUCCCCAGCUCCGAAAAAAAGAACCAAAAAAAAAAAAAAAAAGUACAUAGCUUUAAAACAUGAAUGAUAAGAUGCCCCUGGCUGGUGUGCAGCAUAAGUCAGAAUGAAGGCCAGCAAGAGGGCUCAGCUAGUCAGAAGGUUUGCCGUGUAAGCCUGAUGCCCUAAGUUCAAUCCCUGGAACCCACAGAAAAGCCAAAAGAGAAAGGUGACUUCACAAUACUUCAAUGAGAUGAGUUAAAACAGGCUGAGAAACAGUAAGUCUGCACCUUUAGAGCAGUGUCACCAUGAUUCUAAGUUAGACCUCUCAAUACAUAAAGAAAAGCAAAAUAUAGAUGUAAAUAAAAAUAAAUGUAGCUUUUUGCCAAGAUGGCGCCGAAAGCGAAGAAGGAAGCUCCUGCCCCUCCCAAAGCCGAAGCCAAAGCGAAGGCCUUGAAAGCUAAGAAGGCAGUGCUGAAAGGUGUCCACAGUCACAAAAAGAAGAAGACCCGAACGUCACCCACUUUCCGGCGGCCCAAGACCCUGCGGCUCCGGAGGCAGCCAAAAUAUCCUCGAAAGAGUGCACCCAGGAGAAACAAGCUUGACCACUAUGCUAUCAUCAAAUUCCCACUGACCACCGAGUCGGCUAUGAAGAAAAUAGAGGACAACAACGCGCUUGUGUUCACUGUGGAUGUUAAGGCCAACAAGCACCAGGUCAAACAGGCCGUGAAGAAACUCUAUGACAUAGAUGUGGCCAAAGUCAAUACAAUGAUACGGCCUGACGGAGAGAAGAAGGCGUAUGUUCACUUGGCUCCUGAUUACGACGCUCUAGAUGUUGCCAACAAGAUUGGGAUCAUCUAAAGUGAGUCCAGAUGGUUAACUCUAAAUAUAUACUUUUUUUUCCACCAUAAAAAAAAAUAAAUGUAAAGGAGUAAACAUGUCUUAAA